UAGUCCACUCCUUUACCAAUGCAAUUGGCCAAAUGUUUUCUUUCUCUCCAACAUUGUUGUCUACCUUAUUGUACGUUGUCUCCUUCUCUCUCCCUUGUGGUCCUUCCUUUUUCUUCCUUAUAUUUCUCUCACCAUUCUCUCCAUUUUCAUAUCUCAUAUAUCAUAUCCAACAUUUCUCUUCUUUUUCUACUCCUUCUAAUUUCCACUAUAUAUUUAUAGCUUUCAUUAUAUAUAUAUGUUAUAUAUAGCAUUGUGCACAUUUCAAAACUAAAUAAAUUAAUAAUUGGAAUCACACUUUCACUUUGAAGAAUAUACAUUACACCAAUUAAGCAAGGUAUAGCAAACUUUAAUUAAGGUUAUGUCUAGCCGAAGGUCAAGGCAACAAUCAGGAGGGUCUACAAGGAUCUCUGAUGAUCAAAUCAUUGAUCUUGUUUGCAAAUUGCGUCAACUUGUUCCGGAGAUUCGCAAUAGACACCCUAACAAGGCACCAGCUUCUAAGGUACUACAAGAAACUUGCAACUAUAUUAGAAGCUUACAAAGAGAGGUUGAAGAUUUAAGUCUUCGAUUGUCUCAGUUGUUGGACACAAUUGAUGCUGAUAGUGCUGAAGCUUCUAUCAUUAGGAGCCUACUUAACCAAUGAAUUAUAUAUGACUGCAAUUUUCAAUAAUAAUUAAUUAUAUCUAUAUGUGACUCUUUUUAGAAGGCCAAAAAUAUAGUGUAGCACUUGUUCAAUUUAUUAAGGUUCUUAGUUCUUUAAUGUUGUAUUGAUUUUGGCUAGAUGUUUGAGAUCAAGGCUUGUAAAAGGCUCAUAUAUAUAAUAAUUUUUUUUAACUUAC